AUGGCUCCCAAGGUUGCAGUUAUUAUUUACACCACGUAUGGCCACGUCGCAACACUGGCCAAAUCCAUUGCCACAGGUAUUCAAUCAGCUGGAGGAAGCGUCGAUAUCUUUCAAGUUCCUGAAACUCUUUCCGAUGAUAUACUAGCAAAGAUGGCGGCCCCACCAAAACCAAAUUUUCCUAUUGCCACUUUGGACACCUUAACGACCUAUGACGCGUUCAUGUUUGGCUUUCCUACAAGGUUUGGUAAUCUCCCAGCUCAGUUCAAAACUUUCAUUGAUCGUACAGGCGGCUUAUGGGCUUCAGGGGCAUUGUAUGGUAAGCCAGCUGGUCUCUUUGUUUCAACUGGUACUGGCGGUGGCAAUGAGGUUACCAUCGUCAAUACAUUAUCCACUUUGGCUCAUCAUGGUAUGGUUUACGUGCCAUUAGGUUACGGUCCUGCAUUUUCUCAGUUGUCAAACGUCACUGAAGUUCAUGGUGGUUCACCAUGGGGAUCUGGAACUAUUGCUGGAGCUGAUGGGUCUCGUGUACCAUCUGAGUUAGAACUCGAGGUUGCUAACAUCCAGGGAAAGGCCUUCUACAACACUAUCAAGUCCUUGAAGAGUUAG